AUGUCGCACCCAAAUGAGCCGCCCGAGAGUCGAAAGCCAUGCGAUGAGAUUGAUGGUGAUUCCCAGUGCCGACCCGCUCAAAACAGCGCCCACGAUGAUUCACCUUUCGAUUGGGAAUGCCCCAUCAUCCACCGUGUCUUCUGUGAUCACCCCGCCGUCGAUGGCGAAGACCACAGCGAGCACCUAGAUUCUGCAGACUUCCUCGAUCCCCCUCGGCUUUAUACAAAUGAUCAUCGGGCCUCAGCUUUACGCGGCAAGCACCAACUUCCCAAGAGGCAACAGCCCGAAGUAAAUAGCCCGAUUUUGAUAGUCAGAGGCUACGACUGCCCAGAUUACCACAAAACUAUUAGAGGAUCUUUCGGCGCUGUUCCUCCGAGCCUAGAGUCCCGUCUCUCGAGCAGAGUCAGACCCUACGCUUGCGCCCUCGUAGACCAUGGGCCCCUCGCGAAACCGACCACGGAAGAGAUGCUUAUUUCGAAGGGAUUGUCAAAUGCGCUGCAGGAAUACACAAAGACGUGCGACCCACCAAUGGGCACUUGGGACCCUAAGCAAGAUCUCUAUGCACCCUACGACUACUUUUACCAUUUCCGCCGCGAACUACGCACCCGAUGUGCUCCUAGCUUGCCCCAACCAGAACAUCGACAGCUUCUUCUACUUCUCAACUGCAUUGACAAGAUCCAAGGCAGCAGUUUCGACCAAAUCGACCAGGAUUUCGCAGGGGGCAAGGUCCGGCGGGAAACUUUCAGCAAGCUCUUCGCUCCUAACGAGCUCAUUGUGAAUAUCCACGAAGAUCACUCGCGGGCUUACAUUGCAGAUACUGUCGAGAUGAACUCAAAGGACGAAAUCACCCUGGAAUGUUGGACUUGGAUCUUCGACGGCAGCUUCAAGAAGCACAACUCCACCAUAACCGUCCCAUGGCCAUCAACGAAACCGGAAGAGGUGGAGAUAAACAGCCUCUCCACUUUCCCACUACGACUAGACAAGACAGGUCUUCGGGAGAGACUUGUAAAACGGGGUCGAAAAUUCUGGAGCUGUCGAAACAGAAGGCUCGUGAGCUACAAGGCGCCCAUCCCGACCAUCUUUGAGCUACAAGUCACAAACCCCAAAUAUAUGGUGGACUACAAUACAUACCGGCAGAUUCACCCCUCCCAAUUUAAAGAUCCUCCAGCAAACGAGAGAGAGAUGUCAGAGCAGGGUGUAGUAAUGGACGUAGAAGAGCCUCCCGACGACACUUUCUCCAUUCUUUUGCCCGACACAAUUGUUGGAUACGCCUUCCACGACAAGAAAUGGAGAAGCCUCUACGUUGAAUACGUCGAAGAGGUGGUUUGGAACGAGGAAGCCUUCAGUCGCCUCGUCCUGAAGUCGCAUAAAAAGGAUACCAUCAAAGCCCUCGUGAGCAUUCACCUGACCACUGUGAAGAAUGUGGACUUCGUGGAGAACAAGGGAAACGGCCUGAUCAUGCUUCUCCAUGGGUCUCCCGGUACGGGCAAGACCUUGACAGCAGAGUCGGUGGCCGAAGUUGCCAAGAAGCCCUUGUACCGAGUAACUUGUGGCGAUGUUGGGACGUCUGCCGAGCUGGUGGAAAAGUAUCUCGAAUCAGUCCUGCUCUUGGGUAGCAUCUGGGAAUGCGUCGUGCUUCUUGACGAGGCUGACGUGUUUCUGGAGGAGAGGCAAGUCACAGACCUUGCCCGCAAUGCUUUGGUGUCGGUGUUUUUGCGUGUCUUGGAGUACUACGACGGCAUCUUGAUCCUUACGACCAACCGCGUCGGCACAUUCGACGAAGCUUUCAAGUCCCGUGUCCAGCUCGCCAUACACUACCCGGCCCUGAAUAGCGAGGACCGCUUCGAGAUCUGGUGUAACUUCAUCGACACCCUGAAAGAGAAGAAAGUGUCGAUGCUCUACGAGGAGCUCAAGCGCAAAGCCUUGGUCAUGUCACGGCGCCGCUUCAACGGCCGGCAGAUCCGCAACUGUCUCUGGACGGCGACCCAAGUGGCGAAGUACAGGAACGAGCCGUUGGGGUACAGCCAUGUUGAGCAGGUUAUGGAUAUAUCACAAGAGUUUGAAGAUUACUUGGAAAAGGCUCGUGGGCAUACGGACGAAGAGAACGCCCAAGCUCAGGGGGUCAGGGCUUUUGACUCGGAAGUCAACGGCGAUUGAGAUGUAGGGGGUUCGAACAAGCCUACACUCAAAGCCAUCAGCAUGUCGGACAUAUCAUGGACAUUUAUGACAGCAGGUGGACAAAGAUGGCCUCUCGAGGUGGAUCGGACAUGUAAUAGCGCCGUGGCCUGGAUUGUGGGAGCAGCAGGCGCUGCUACGGCUGCUGAAGAAAUAGGGAGACAUCUCAUCAAGAACGGAC